CUCUAGGCAAGAGAGUGCACUCACUUAUCUUGCCACCAAGGAUAGCAUCUCUCUCACACUCUCUCCCUUUAUUUUCUUCAUCUGCGGAGCUCAGUGGUUUGGGGAAUAGGAGAAGUGCAGACUCAGCUUCUCAUUCUUGCCCCUCUGUUGUGCCACACUGGAUUUCGUGGAAGAGACACAGGGGCUUUCAUUCUUUUUGUUACAAGACGAAGCGCCUGUUCUUACGUCCAUUGACGCCGACCGAUUUUGACCAACUCCUUGAGUUCGUGAAGGGCUAGCGAGAUUCUAGUUGCGGCGGAUUUGGAGGUUGAGACACGUCUUGCGUUCGUCGAUUUUCGAUCAUUCUUGUCUUUGUACAGAGCUUGUGUGAGGACGUCGCUGUCCAAGAAGCGCUCGCUAGACUCGUGUCGCGAUGUCUGCCUCUGUUGAAUAUCAGCCGCCUGGCGCGGAGUCAGAACUGGAUCGAACAGUUGGAGGCCCGCGUAGAAGGAGACAUGACGAUGACGACGAAGGCCCUGAUAACUCUGAUGAUGAUGACCUGGAAAGCACAACUAGCGCGCCAGCCAAUAAAGCAAAGUAUCCAGGAGAAUUAGAGGAGGAAAAAGAGCUGGCCCCGCAUGCUUGCGCAUACUGUGGUAUACACAAUCCUAGCAGUGUUGUCAAAUGUCUGGCCUGCAGCAAAUGGUUUUGUAGUGCCCGUGGCAACACUUCUUCUUCCCAUAUCGUGAACCAUCUUGUCCGCGCUAGGCACAAGGAAGUCCAACUACACCCAGAGUCCUCGCUUGGUGAUACCGUUCUAGAAUGCUAUAACUGUGGCACCAAGAAUGUCUUUCUCCUCGGAUUCAUCCCCGCCAAGUCCGACACCGUUGUAGUGCUCUUAUGUCGUCAGCCUUGCGCCGCCAUGCCAUCUUCCAAGGACAUGAACUGGGAUACCUCGCGCUGGCAGCCCCUUAUUGAGGAUCGUUCGUUCUUGACAUGGCUGGUGGCUGCCCCGUCCGAUCAAGAGCAACUUCGGGCUCGUCACCUGAGCCCACAAAUGAUUGCUAAACUAGAGGAAAUGUGGAAGGAAAACUCGCAGGCGACAAUUGCUGAUCUAGAAAAGGCCACAGCUGUCGAUGAUGAACCUGCACCGGUCCUUUUGCGCUAUGACGACGCAUUCCAGUACCAGAACAUCUUCGGCCCGCUUGUUAAAAUCGAGGCAGACUACGAUCGCAAACUGAAGGAGUCACAAUCACAGGAUGGCUUAAUUGUCCGCUGGGAUCUUGGUCUUAACAACAAGCAUUUGGCUAGUUUCAUCCUGCCGAAGCUCGAACUUGGAGAUGUGAAAUUGGCCGUUGGAGACGAGAUGCGCCUGAAAUACACCGGCGAGUUGCGACCAAAGUGGGAAGGUGUAGGAUACGUUAUCAAGAUCCCUAAUAACCAGUCUGACGAAGUUACUAUUGAAUUGCGGGCAAAGGGAGAUCACAAGUCGGUGCCCACGGAAUGUACGCAUAACUUCACAGCCGAUUAUGUUUGGAAGUCGACCUCUUUCGACCGCAUGCAGCUUGCAAUGAAGACCUUCGCUGUUGAUGAGAUGAGCGUCUCGGGUUACAUUUUCCAUCGCCUAUUGGGUCACGAAGUCGCAGCUGCGCCGAUGAAAACACAGAUGCCGAAAAAGUUCAGCGUUCCUGGACUUCCUGAGCUCAACGGCAGUCAGAUCAAUGCAGUAAAAAGUGUGCUACAGCGGCCUCUGAGUCUGAUUCAAGGUCCUCCCGGUACUGGAAAGACAGUCACUUCAGCCACCAUUAUCUAUCACCUUGCCAAGCUCAACGGAGGCCAGGUUUUAGUUUGUGCGCCCUCUAACGUUGCCGUUGACCAACUUUGCGAGCGUAUCCACAGAACUGGCCUCAAGACUGUCCGCGUAACCGCCAAAUCCCGUGAGGAUGUUGAGUCUCCUGUUGGCUUCUUGUCCCUGCAUGAGCAAGUCCGUCUUAAUGACAGCAAUAUCGAGCUCAUCAAACUCAACCAGCUCAAGAGUGAACUUGGGGAAUUGUCAAGUCAGGACGAGAAGCGUCUGAAGCAACUCACUAGGGCGGCCGAGCGUGAAAUUUUGAACAAUGCCGACGUCAUUUGCUGUACCUGUGUCGGUGCUGGCGACCCUCGCCUGGCAAAGCUCAAGUUCCGCACUGUUCUGAUUGAUGAGUCUACUCAGUCUGCUGAACCCGAGUGUAUGAUUCCGUUAGUUUUGGGAUGCAAGCAGGUCGUCCUUGUCGGUGACCACCAGCAGCUCGGUCCUGUUAUCAUGAAUAAGAAGGCAGCGAAGGCGGGGCUUAACCAGUCUCUUUUCGAGCGACUUGUCAUCCUGGGUUGCUCGCCUAUUCGCCUGAACGUCCAGUACCGUAUGCACCCAUGUCUUUCAGAAUUCCCCUCCAACAUGUUUUACGAGGGGUCCUUGCAGAACGGUAUUACUUCAUUUGAUCGCCUUCGUCGCGAGGUUGAUUUCCCUUGGCCUAUCUUAGAUAGCCCCAUGAUGUUCUGGUCGAAUCUCGGAAAUGAGGAGAUUUCGGCAUCUGGAACAUCUUACCUCAACCGUACCGAGGCAGCGAAUGUAGAAAAGAUCGUUACCCGCUUCUUUAAAGCUGGCGUACAGCCAAAGGACAUUGGUAUUAUCACACCUUAUGAGGGACAGCGCAGUUAUAUUGUCAGCUCUAUGCAGGCUACUGGUACGUUCAAAAAGGAGCAUUAUAAGGAGAUUGAGGUUGCAUCGGUGGAUGCUUUCCAGGGUCGCGAGAAAGAUUUUAUUAUUCUUUCUUGCGUACGCUCCAACGACCAUCAAGGAAUUGGUUUCUUGAGUGAUCCUCGCCGUCUAAAUGUUGCGCUUACUCGUGCCAAAUACGGUCUGGUUAUCCUGGGUAAUCCGAAGGUGCUAUCCAAGCAUCCUCUCUGGAAUUGUCUCCUGCAGCACUUCAAGGAACGACACACUCUUGUCGAAGGGCCAUUAUCGAAUCUACAGGAAUCUCUCAUCCAGUUCAGCCGUCCUAAGCAGGCCUACCGCGGACCUCAACGAUUCCAGAUGGCCUACAACCACGUUUCCAACGUUACUAGUGGUUUCAUGAACGGAAGGAAUGGUCAUCGGAACGAGUUCCACGACACCGGCUCGGUUGUUGGCUACAUCCCCGAUGAUGUGUCUUCUGUCCAUUCCUCAGCACUUGGCGGCGUUGGGAUUCCAUCCGGAUAUCCUCCUAUGUUCCAGCAAUUCGCAGAUUCGUGGCCUUCUUUGCCUGGUGCCCGUCGAGCCAAUGGCAACAGAGGAAAAGGCGCGCCUAGCAUUGCUGGGGAUUCGGUCGCAGCCACGGAGUCUGAUAUUACUGGAAGUAUCAUUGACGGAAAGGGUCCUGAGCAGGGUGGCGUCAGCCUUGCUGGAUUGAGCAUCAACGAUAUGACCAAACAGCCCAGUCUAAGUCAGUCUGAUCGACUGAAGCGUUACGUAGAAUCCGGAGCUCGUGAUCCUUACAAGCCGGGUGCCCCCGAUAGCGGUAGCAUUUUUGGAGGAAGUUCUGCCAGCAUUCGUGUUACACGCGGAAUACCCGGCCAUAUUCAUGAUGACGACGAUGCCCGGAGCGUGUCCACAGCUUUCGCUAGUCAGGUGGGGGGCAAUUACGAUUGA